ACUAACAAACCCAAUACUGGCGGAUUCUCAGUUAGUGCAAUUUUUUUUUCACGAAUUUAUUAGGUGAAAUUUUUUUUUCUAUUUCAUUUCUUGUUUUAUAUUAGCAUAUAAUCAACAGUAAAAAUGGCUCCAAACACUAAAGCUACUGCUGCUAAGAAGGCCGCCUUAAAGGGUACCAACGCCAAGAAGGCUUUAAAGGUUAGAACUUCCACCACUUUCAGAUUACCAAAGACUUUACAAUUAACCAGAAGUCCAAAAUACGCCAGAAAGUCAGUUCCUCACUACAACAGAUUGGACGCUUACAAGAUUAUUGUUGCUCCAAUUGCUUCUGAAACCGCCAUGAAGAAGGUUGAAGACGGUAACAUCUUGGUUUUCCAAGUUGACAUCAAGGCCAACAAGAACCAAAUCAAGGCUGCUGUUAAGGAAUUAUACAACGUUGAUGUUCAAUACGUUAACACCUUGAUCAGACCAAACGGUACCAAGAAGGCUUACAUUAGAUUAACUGCUGACCACGAUGCUUUAGAUGUUGCCAACAGAAUUGGUUAUAUUUAAAUUAGUUAAUGUUAAUAUAAUAAUUGAAAACGACUUAACAAGGAAAAGAACACCAAUGUUAUUAUUAUCAUCUACACUUGUAUUUUAACGGUUCAUAUGGGAAAUCUAAACUUCAUCAUAAUAAAAAUAAAUAUAUCAUAAAAUUAAGAAAACUGUUAUCUGUUUCUCUCUAUUUACUCUAAAAGCUUAUCUAAGGUAGACUCCAUAGUCCAAUAUGCAAACGUCAUAGUGUCGUCUGAUUCAAUAUGUUUAACUCUUCUCUUUACCAUUAUUCGACGAGUUUUGCCAUCAUGUAAUAACUUGUAAACCUUCUUUUCAACGUUCCGAAUGUCGCUAUAGAUUUCUUCAACUUCGCAAAUUCCGAAAAACCCACAUAAAUCUUCUUCCACUCUCAAGUCAAUCAAUAAGACGUUUUCUCCAGACUUGAGGACUAAUUUGAACGGAGCAAUUUUCAUAGUACGUUUAUAGGGUUUAAUAAUGAAGGGUUUAUACGGAAGCAUACCCACGACUUUUGCAUGAAUUUCAUACAAUCUUCCCAAAUGCGUUCCCGGAUCUUCUUCUUCUGCCAUGAGUAACUCUGUCAACGAGACGGGAUAAAUAGGGGAGCCAUCAUAUGAUGAAUUUGACGUAGCGAGGGUUGAAUUGGUUGCCCCGGUUGAGCUACCGAAUGGAAUCGAUGUGGAACCAGGGACCACCGUACUUGGGAUUUGCAACAUUGGUAUUUCUUCUUCUUCUUCUUCUUCCAACUCGAUAAUCAGUCCUGAUUGAGUCUCUUUAUUCUUUUGAGUUUCUGGAAAUAAUGGAGCUUGAGAGUCUUCCUCGGCGUGAUUAAACAACAAAUUAGAUCCAGCAGUAAUUUUCCUGAUCUUCAGGGCUGGCGCUCCAUUCAGUUGAGAUUCAACGUCAUGAUCUUUAUCUAGAUUGUUAAUGAAAUAUUUAUUCAAGCCAUAUCUUUCAGUAGUACUCUUGAAAUAUUGUCCACGGCAUUUUUGUUUAAGUAUAUUUAUUACACGAUAAAAUGCAACUGUUUCAUAAAACAUGUUGUAUACAUCCUUGGCAUCGGUAGCUAUUCUCAAUUUGUUGCAUGUUGCAGCAAUAACUCCAUCCCGUUCGAAAAUAUCUAAUCCAAUCAGUGCAAACAAGAAAUCAUCAUCAAGUUUAUUUUUACGUGAAUUAAUGUAUUCGCCGGGUAAUUGUCUAUUCUGAAGUUGUUUCUUGAUAUAGUCACGGUUAUCCUUGGUAAUAGUGCAUGAAAAGAGAGAUUUGCUAGGAAUUGUGAAAUUCCCAAUUUUGAACUGACAGUUUAAUUUCUCGAUGUACUGGUGAUCUGAUCCUUGGUUUAUGGAAACCUGCUGCGAGAUUGUUGUUAAAUCGGAAAUAACAAGUAGUGCUUCAUCCUUGUAUGGAGUGGGUAUUACACCUAGGAGAAGGGCGGUAAUGAGUGCCUUAAACUCCUGCUUUCGGGCUUGACUUGGUGAAGGAAGGUCUUUUAGAGCUGUCACAAACAUUUGUUCAUUGAAGUAAACAAUCGCGUGUUUAGGAUAAAUUUAGACCAUUAA